AUGACUCGUAUUUCUGUCGUUUGGUGCAAGCUUCGUUAUUUUUUUAUCGCAAGUUUUGAUACCAUUCCUUUGACUUGUGCAUGUUUGGCUACUAUUGAUCAGUAUCUAAUCACAGCCGAACAUAUCCAGUUUCGUCAAUGGAGCACUAUUGAAAAUGCAUAUCGAGCUUCUUUAGUCAUUAUUGUCAUCUGGUGGUUUCAUGGUACCCGUUGGUUAUAUUAUCAGGAUAUGUCACAAAUUACAGGUGCUUGUAUUUAUCACACUAAUGCAUUUUUUGCUUAUACUAUACUUUUCAUUGGUGUUGUUAUCUGUGGUAUUCAUGUGGUAAUUAUGAUGACAUUGGGAAUUUUAGCAUAUCGAAGCAUAAAUAAAACAGGUUUUCUUGUACAUCGACAUGCUGGUCGACAAUUCACAACCAUAGUUUUCAUUCAAAUCCUACUUACCUUAAUAGGCAUUAGUCCAUACGAUAUUAAUAGUGUUUAUGCGAUUAUUAUGAAGAAUAUUCAAAAGUAUGCUGAUCGAAAAGCUGAGGAAGCCUUAGUUGCCAACAUCGCUUAUGUUUUUGUUUCAGUCAAUUAUGCAAGGCGAUUCUAUCUUUUCAUGUUUUCAUUGCCUCGUUUUCGUCGUAUGGUAACGGAUCGAAUCUUAUGGUGGCAACGAUAA